AUAGAAAUAAACACAGGCCCACAGUCCCAGCCUCUAUACAUGUAGGCAUGUUUAUGUAUAGCUGGAGGAAGGAGGGGUGGAGACUGGUGGAAAAGGGCGUAGGAGAAGCGGAGGAGAAACCUUGAAUGGGAGAUGAGUGGACUUCAGAGCGCACAGACACAGCAGGCUGCGUACAAGCCAGUCAUGACACAUGGUGGCAAAAGUUUCACACUUAGUUUAGUGUUUUUGUGAAAAGAAAAACAGGGAGAGAGAGAGAUUAUGAGGAUUCUUUCUGACGUACCCACCGCGUCAGAAGCUCUCCGUGUGAUGCUUCACUUUUGCGCAACAGGUUCUGCGAGAUAAACAGUUAAAAGGCAAAAAAACAGCAUCACCUCCGAUCGAUGUGGGGAGAAGCAGCAUGCUGGUGUCCCCGUUUUGGCACUUUGGCAUCGCGCAGGAGAUCAACUCAUGGGAUGUAGCGGAUGCAGAGUCAGGUUCAACUUUGGCAAGGUGCAGUCCAAAGUCUCGGUGUUCUUUACCAUGCUCCUGAUCUUCACCUACUUCUUCUACUGCCUCAGCGGACUCUGCGAUUCGGCUCCGAGAGCUUUAUACAGCCAAGAGACAUUAGACUAUGACAUUCUGGACGAUCAUCGCCGCCUUUUCGACGACCUGCGACCGUCGCCGCGUCUCCUCCCCGACCGGAACCGCACAGCCUCCGCCGCGGACGCAGAGCAGGUGGACGCGCCGGGAGACCUGGACGGCGCCAAGGAGAGCGCACCACAGGACGGCGGCAUCCCCGUGUCAAACACGUUCGGUACCAAAAGGUUUCCGCAGGCGAUUAUAAUCGGCGUGAAGAAGGGAGGGACCCGCGCCCUGCUGGAGUUUCUCCGCAUCCACCCGGACGUGAGAGCGGUCGGCGCGGAGCCGCACUUCUUCGACAGGUUUUACGAUAAAGGACUGGAGUGGUACAGGAACCUGAUGCCUCGGACGCUGGACGGCCAGAUCACCAUGGAGAAGACACCCAGCUACUUCGUCACAAAGGAGGCUCCAAGCCGCGUCUGCACUAUGAACUGCCAAACCAAGCUCAUUGUGGUGGUGAGAGAUCCCGUGACGCGGGCUGUCUCCGACUACACCCAGACACUGUCCAAGAACCCAGGCCUUCCAUCUUUCCAGAGCCUGGCUUUGAAAAAUGUCUCAACAGGUCUGAUUGACACGUCGUGGAGCGCUGUGCGCAUCGGCCUCUAUGCCAAACAUCUGGAGAACUGGCUCCAGCAUUUCCCCUUGUCUCAUUUUCUGUUUGUUAGCGGCGAGCGGCUGGUGUCUGAUCCGGCUGGGGAGAUGGGCCGUGUUCAGGACUUCCUGGGUCUGAAAAGGGUCGUUUCAGACAAACACUUCUACUUCAACCAGACCAAAGGUUUUCCCUGCUUGAAGAAGCCAGAGGGGAGCAGCAGACCUCGCUGCCUUGGAAAGUCUAAAGGCAGACCCCAUCCACAGAUCCCCACCGAGGUCCUGCAGAGGCUCAGAGACUUCUACAGGCCCUUUAACCACAGAUUCUACCAGAUGAGUGGACAAGACUUUGGCUGGGACUAACAGCAGAUUCUUGUCAUAUAGCCCAGAUAAAAGUCUUCAACUAUCUCAUGAGACUGACUGUUCAGUGCUCCGCGGGGCUAACAUUCUCAGGGCCGGGGUAGACGAACACAGAGUCCACAGACUGAAUUCUGCCUCAGUAGAACCAACAUGACAUGCAGCACAUGAACUCACUGUUUUGCUGUAGAUAGAAGCCGACAUGGACACAGCGCUGCCAACAUAUAUACAGUUAAUGGCUUAGUUAUUAAACCAUUAAAACAUCUCCUCGCUUGUAUGUAAAUGUCAUCGUCUUCGAAGCAAACGAUGUACCAAAGGGAAAGCAGACAUUGCUUUAUGUUUUGUUUUAUGAAAUAAGCUGAUAUUUAUAGUUUCUGUCGAUUUGAAACAGAUUUCUUUUAUAAAAGAAAAGUAUUUAUUACAUGGUAAGGAAAGACAUAAAAAUGAGUAUGCUUCAUUGACAGGACAUUGGGAAAGAAAUGUCAGACUUUAUGAUAAACCACUAUUUCUUCUUACUGCAUUUAUGUUUUUAAUUACAUUUUCUGUUUUCAAAUGCUACAUGUUAGUUUUCAGCUUUUUCUCAGUUCUUAACAGUUGAUAUACCAAUGAUACCUCAUCUGUAAAUAAUAAAUGUUAACAACAGAAACCACACAUACGCACAUUCCAUUUGUAGAUACUUUUUUUCGCUUCAAAGCUACAUAGCUGUUUUUCAUUUCCCUUGACAAUAGCGAAUAUAUCCACUGUUUCCCCAUUCAAGUAAUUGCUGUCUUGAUCUGUGAUUAUUUUGAACCUUUUUAAAAUCCACGUGUACACAAAGCACAGCGGCAUGUAUUAAACCUUAAUUCUGACUCUGAUUCUUUGUGUUUCGUGAAGUAAAGUUUUAGCUGACAUGGCAUCCAGA